GGACGCUCUGGAGCAAGAUGGCGGCGCCCAGCCUCCCCACGCCCGAGCACGGGCACGUGGGCCGGGGCGCCUUCCGCGAAGUGUACGCGCCCGCGGAGGACACCUUCCUGCUCCUGGACGCUCUGGAGGCGGCAGCGGCCGAGCUCAUGCGAGUGGAGCUAUGUCUGGAAGUGGGAUCGGGGUCUGGAGUGGUAUCCGCAUUCCUGGCCUCCAUGAUAGGCCCUCGGGCUCUGUACGUGUGCACUGACAUCAACCCCAACGCAGCAGCUUGUACCCUGGAGACCGCACGCUGUAACAAAGUCCACGUGCAGCCCGUAAUCACCGAUUUGGUCAAAGGCUUGCUACCCAGACUGAAGGAGAAGGUUGAUCUUCUGGUGUUUAAUCCCCCAUAUGUAGUGACUCCACCUGAGGAGGUGGGAAGUCACGGAAUAGAAGCAGCGUGGGCUGGUGGCAGAAACGGUCGCGAAGUCAUGGACAGGUUCUUCCCGCUGGUUCCAGAUCUCCUUUCGCCAAGAGGGGUGUUCUAUUUAGUCACCAUUAAGGAGAACAACCCAGAGGACAUUUUGGAAACAAUGAAGGUGAAAGGUCUGCAGGGGACCACCGCACUUUCCAGGCGAGCGGGCCAAGAAGUCCUUUCAGUCCUGAGGUUCACCAAGUCCUCACACAGUGUCUGCUCCACGUUACAGUGAACUAGUCGCCCAUCGCCGACACCACGCGCAGUAGGCCGCCCCCCACUUCCGCGGGAGCCGCGCUGCUUCUGCAGGAGGUGGGCCCACCGUCUCCUCUACGGGCUCAGCGGCUCGCCGGCCCAUCCCUGUCUCCAUUACGGGCCUCACCUGCGCGCACAACCUUCUGUCUUGUCGUGACCCAUUAUGGCAUCCUGGCCUAAUUUGCAUAUUUCAUAUAUAUGUAUUACAGUGAAUAUACAUAUGGACAUACUAGUAUAUACUGUAUAUGUGUGUGUAUAUAGGUAGGCUAAACGUAUUCACCAUAUUUUGAAACCGAAGUCAUUUUUUGGUUAACAAGUAAAACUGUCAGAAAUUUGUCAAAUAGAGAAAGGUGAGAGGGCUGGGCAUUAUCUUUCACCUAUGAAUCAAGCCUACAGACAUACUUGCAGGAAGUGCAAGGAAAUAUGUACAUUAUGUAUACUUGGUAUUUACAUAUAAAAGACAGUUAUAUUAUAUAUGAAAGGACAUUAAUUUCAGCAUUGCCUAAAAUAACAAAGCAAGGAAGUCAACCAAUGUGCCAUCAUAAAAGGGGUUGGUAAAGUAAGUGACAAUAUGCCCAGGACCCCGAAUGUAUCAAAUGACUCAGAUCUGUAUGGCCUGAACCAGAAGGGGUGCAUGACGUACUAUUCAGGGAAAAGAAAAGCAAGUUACAGAACAGUAUUGUCCUGCAUGUAUAUGUUUUAAAGACCCACAGAGGGUAGAUUUGUGGAUAUGAGUGUCUUGGAAGACAUCAGGUGGGAACGGAGGAACUUUUGCUUUUUUGUAGUAGCAUUUGUACAAGGAUAAUGUAUUACCUACCAUUUUUUUAACUUUUUAAAAAUAAUUUUUAAAUUUACUUUCACUUGUGUAUUAUCUUCAUUCUGUUAUUUAUAACUAGUGGCCCAGUGCAUGAAAUUCAUGCAUAUUAAAAGGGAAUUAGAGGAAAUAUAUUGCUAUUUGCCCUUUAUAAUAGAAGUUUAAAGAUGAAAGAAAAUUAGUAAAAUGUAUAUGAAAAUCUU